AUGGCGUCUACGCAGAAGCACCGCUUGAGCGCGUUUAGCCCGUGCCAGGCGUCGUUCGUGACCGUCUCGGAUGACAACCGUGUCAAGCUCUGGGAUGCGGCGUCCGGCGCGCUUCGGUCCGAGUUGAAGGAGCGCGAUCACUUGAGCUACAAGUACACGUGUUUGGCGUGGUCCUCGACGUCGCCGUGGGCGGCUUCGGGCAAGAAGGCCAAGCGCAGCGCCGCUGGCGACCUUGGCAUCAUUGCGCUCGGCACGAGCACGGGUGCGAUCAUUGUGUGGAACCUCGAGAAGGGCGAGAACGACCACGGCCACGGCUCGGCGGUCACCGACAUUGUGUUUUCGUCCACGGGCACGUCGCUCUUUUCGUCGGCGGCGGAGAAGUACGUCUUUGAGUGGAACGUCAAGGACGCCAAGAUGGUCCGCAAGAUCAAGGUGGGCUCGGACGGCGCGACCAAGCUCGCGCUCUCGUCCAACGACGACGUCCUUGCGGUCGGCGCCAGCUCGAUCAAGCUCUUUGACGUGGUCUCGGGCAAGAAGAGCAAGCGUCUCACGUUUGGCCACGCGUCGGCCGUCACGCAGCUCUUCUUCUCGGCCUGCGGUCGCUACCUCUUCUCGUCGUCGGCCGAGCGCUUUGUCAACGUCUUUGACGCGACAUCCGACUCGGAGGAUCCGCUGUACAAUUUUUCGUGCGACUCGACGCCGGUCCACGUGCAUGGCCGCGUGACCGUGGCCAAGAAGGCCAAGAACUCGACCGCCAUUGUGGUCGCGACGACCGAAGCCGGCGCGGUCUUUGUCUGGACGCACGCGAUGACCGCCGCGUCGAAGCCGAUCGCGGCGGUCGCCAAGGUGCUCUCGUCGGCGGUCCUCGUCGCGUCGCUGACCUCGGCGACCGAGACGUCGGUCAUUGUCGCACGCGGUGCGGCGAUCAAGCCGCAUUUCGAGACGGUCGCGCUUGUCGAUGCGGACGGCGCCUUCCGUGGCGACAUCACGCUCGACGCGCUUGACAACACGGGCCUCCUUCUCGAGAAGCCGUCCAAGAAGGCCAAGACGACCGACGAGACCGAAGUGGUCGCCAAGACGCACGUGCCGUCGCUCCUCGAACGCGGCUCGGCCAAGACGUCGACUGCCAUUGACUCGACGGUGGAGCAUAACGCGGACGAAGACGAGGAUGAGGACGAAGCGACGCUCGGUGAACGCGUCCAGGCGCUGGCCGACGAACUCGAACACAGCGAGAACGAAGACGAAGACGCCGACACGGUCUUGACGGACCAGUACCGCAGCACGUCGCGCGUCAAGGCGCAGGCGUCGUCGACGUCGCUCGUCUCGGUGCUCGAGCAGGCGCUGCAGUCCAAGGACAAUGUGCUGCUUGAAAACUGCCUCCGCGUCCACGACCUCAAGGUCAUUGACGAGACGUGCCGUCGCCUGAGCCCGACCAAGGUCUUUCCCUUCGUGCUGCUGCUUGUCGAGAAGCUGGAGAAGCGCCCGACGCGUGGUGCGACCAUGUGCGUCUGGAUCAAGUACCUUCUUUUGAACCACACGGCGUACCUCAUGACGGUCCCGGACGUUGUCGACAAGCUCUCGGGCCUCUACCAGUCGCUCGACGCGCGCCUCAAGGUCUUCCCGCAGCUGCACAAGCUCAACGGCCGCCUAAACCUCGUCCUCGGCCAGAUUGCGGGCCGCGCCAACGCGAUUGCGGUCGACGAGACGCCGCUGGUGACGUACCGCGAAGACGACGAGGACGCCGGUGAGGACGAGAAUGACGAGGAAGAGACGGCCGACGACGACGACGAGGCCGAGGAUGACGAAGACGACGAAGACGACGAGGACUCGGAGUAA